CCUUUGAAACGGACACUAGUGGAAACAAAUGCAAGAGGGAUCCAGUAAAGAAGAAAGAAAGAGCUGAACAUCCCAAAAAGACAGACAACAACAGAGCAGGAAAAUCUGAAGAAAGAUCUGUUCCUGAUGAAGCAGAUGAAAAUGGUUUUUUGUAUGUGGACAACACAACAAAGGGCCCAGGUGGUGCUGGAGUCUAUAAAGCUACUGUUAGGCCAAGAAGAUUUUUCAAAUCUAAAUUCUGUGGAUUUAGAAAUAUUUUUUCAAUGUUUAUUUCUAAAUCAAAUCGGCAGUCAAAGAAUAUUCCUGUAGAAAACCUUCAGAAGAAUCAUCAAAAAGAAGUUGAAGCCUUGUUCAGCAGACUUCAUGAUAGACAACAACAAAGGUUUUCAUCAGCAGAUUUUCUUACAAUAUAUCCUCCUUUGAAUCAGAUCACUGACACACCUGAAAAAGAUGCAGCUCAAGCUUUUCUUCAGAGGUUGACGGCAUUAGAUUACAGAGCCAGAUACAUUCCUGUUCAACCAGAUAGUUCUGAGUCUGACUCAGUUUCUGAGAGUGUUAGCACAGAUGAUGAUGAUGAUUUUUAUGCUAUUUUUAGCACUAAUGUAGAUUUUAGUCAGUUCAAACAGGAUCAUGUUCACCCCAUGGACAUCCAGAUGGUUGUAUUUCACUGCUCAGACAGCUUCCUGAAGCAGAGCAUGAUCACAAAGUUGUCACAGUGUCAGUACGCCUUACCUCUGCUUGUUCCUGAUCGUGCUGCAGCAGAUAUUGAGUCUCCUCUGUGGACGUUCAGACAAAUAAGAAAAACAUGGAAGAAAACUGAAAUCAGAGAUAAUUCAAAGAGUGUCACCAUCAAGAGUCUACCGAUCUGCAAAGCUGAAACUCCACUGGUGUCUUUCUUCCGUCUGGGUUCACUGUCUCAGUCUAAAUCUCAGCUCAUGAACACUUUGAUCAACGACCGUCACAACACCUUCUUCCACAGAAACUGUCCAGGAAGCACCAAAUCUCGUCAUUUGAUGGAUGGAGUUGUAGAGAUUGCCUGGUACUGUCCUGCUGGAAAAGACAAUGAUUCAUUCUCUGACUGCAUUGGCUUCUGUAAUCUUCAUGGUGAUUCUCUGUUGAUGGAAAAACAACGUGAAAUACUGACUGAAAUAUCUUCAGUCUUAGUUGUUCUUGUACCAGCUCUGGAAAAAGGUCAGGAAAGUUCUAAAGUCAUUUCCACUCUUAUCAGAUCUCCAAAUCCUCUGAUUGUUCUCACUGCUGAUAAUGACUGUGGUGCUGUUCAGAUAAAACCACAAAAAUACAAAGUGGGUCUGAAAGACAGAAGUCAGUCAGAUGUUUCUGAAGAACUCAGAGAAAUCAUUAGAAAGAUUUUGUCUGGAUCAAACAAAUCCUUCAAUCUUGAGUUGAUGUCCAACAUCUCUGGAGUCAGAGUGGAUGAAGACGACACAGUCUGUCAAAAUGGAAAAUCUGCUGCCAUGAACAUAGUGAAGCUGAUUCAGGACAUGGAUGUUUCCAGGAUCAAAGAUACUUUUCUUCCUUGUCAAGGUCAACUUUGGCAUGAGUGGUGCAGAACAAACAAAGAAAGAUUUCACCUCAGAGGAAACAUUGAGAAAGAAAAAAGUCAGAAAGAUCAACAACUGAUACAAAUCCGACAGAAACAAUGUGCUGCUUCCUGUAGUGAACUGAUGAAAUCAUUCACUGACAGCCUCAUGAGUUUGGAACAGAAAGACAAAGAAUACUUCCUGAAAUGGACUCAGAUCCUGAUAGAUGAACUCUCCUCAAAGGAUCUCUCUGCAAUUCUCCAAAACUAUGAUGAAAAGUGGUCAGAGGUUUUGACUUUAAAGAAGAAACAUGACAAAUCUGAUCAGUUAAAAGUCAAACAAACUGAGCUUGAACAAAUAUCACAGAAACUGCAGGCAGCAACCUUUGGUUUGGAGCACAUCUUCAGAGAAAUGUCACAGAUCUAUGAAGCCCAUCAAUCUCUAAAGAGACAAACACACUGCAGACACACUGAAUGGGUUAAAUACCCUGAGCUGGCUGCAGAUCUGAUGAUAUCUGGACAUCCCAUGGAGUUGAUGGAUGGUGAUGCAGGUCACGUGCCUUUAACUUGGAUCUCUGGUCUUUUACAGGAAGUCAUCAAGAAACUGGGUGACCAGAGAGUUUUUGUGUUGUCAGUUUUGGGCGUUCAAAGCAGUGGAAAGUCAACAAUGCUGAAUGCCAUGUUUGGACUGCAGUUUGCUGUGAGUGCAGGCAGGUGCACCAAGGGUGCAUACAUGCAGCUGCUCAAAUUAUCAGAGGAAAUCAAGACAGACUUCAAGUUUGACUAUGUUCUAGUGGUGGACACUGAAGGACUGAGAGCUCUUGAGCUGGAAGGUCACAACACUCUUCACCACGACAAUGAACUGGCAACAUUUGUUGUUGGUUUAGGAAACAUGACACUGAUCAACAUCUUUGGUGAGAAUCCAGCUGAGAUGCAAGACAUCCUGCAGAUUGUAGUUCAGGCUUUCAUGAGGAUGAAGAAAGUUCAGCUUUCUCCAAGUUGUGUGUUUGUUCACCAGAAUGUUACAGAUAUCACAGCUGCAGAGAAAAACAUGGACGGAAAGAGACGACUGCAAGAAAAACUGGACAAGAUGGCUCAACUAGCUGCUAAAGAGGAAGGAUGUGAAGCUGAAUGUUUCAGUGAUGUUAUUGCAUUUGAUGUUCAAAAAGAUGUGAAAUACUUUGCUCAGCUGUGGGAGGGAAGUCCACCAAUGGCUCCUCCAAAUCCAGGUUACAGUGAGAGUGUCCAAGAACUGAAGAGCUUCAUCCUGUCUAAAGCUUCAGAGUCUGAUGGAAUCAAACUCUCACAUUUCAGCAGCAAAAUUCAGGAUCUGUGGAACGCUCUGAUGAAUGAAAACGUUGUUUUCAACCUCAAGAACACUCAAGAAAUCUCAGUGUACAGAAAACUGGAGGUCCAGUAUGGAAACUGGACUUGGGCUCUGAGGAGUGAGAUGCUGACCAUUGAGAACAGACUUUAUCCACAAAUAGAAAAAAGACAAAUUGGCAAGAUCCUAAUCAGUGAUCUUUCUAAAGAAAUCAGUAAAACAUAUGAACAAAUAAAGACAGAAAUCAAAGACUACUUUGAGAAAAAUGAAGACAAAGAAAUGUUGGUUCAGUGGCGUGGACGAUUUCAAAUCAAAAUCACAGAUUUUCAUGAGGAACUUCUGACAGGAGUUAAAAGAAAACUGGAUGAAGUCAUUCAGCAGAAGAAAGCCUGUAAGAAGCUUGAUGAGAAGGAAACAGAUUUUGAGAACAAACUGCUGCAAAAAAGCAAAGAACUCGCUCACAUGUUAAGAGGCACCAUAAAAGAUGAGGAGGAACUCAAGAUGCAGUUUGACUCUGUUUGGAGUCACUGGGUUAAAGAAUUAACUUCAGAUACAAAACCCAUUGAGGACAUCAACCUGGAAGAAGAUCAGUUAACUGUUCUCAAUAAUCUUGGUUUUGAAUUGGCUUUAUGCUAUAAAUUAAAGAGCAGUAAAAAUUACAAAAUCUUGCCUGAAACUAGGAAUUACUUUGAUUAUGUUAACUUAAAGAAAUAUCAUACCAUUAAUGCUGCAUUGAAAUAUGUAGGAGUUGAACCUUUGUCACAUGAGGAUCAGGAACAGAUCAGAUCUUUCAUUAAAGAUGUCAAACAAAAAUCACUGGAGAUCAUUCAGAGCAAACCUGUAGCAACAAGAGGAUUCACACCAACUUACCUGCAUGAAGUGGCUAAAAAUGUUCAAGAAAAUGUGACAGAAUUUGAAUCAAAGAUGAAAUUUACCUUUAAGAAGAAGUUCACAGUUGAGCUUCUGUUGUUUGUCUUCCAUCAAACUGCUGGCUGGAUUUUACAGUCUCACAAAUUUUACAAAGACAACAAUGAUGCUCUGAUCUACCUAAACAGCAAGAAAAAUGAAUAUUUCAACAUUUUCAGGAGUUUCUGUAAAGGAAGCUCAUCUGCUGUGGUGUUUGGAGAAAUGAUCUGUCAGAAACUGAAGGUCUCUGCUGUUGAGGCUGUCUGUAACCAGACUGCUGUUGACCUUGCUGGAGAACUCAGGUGUAAUGUCCCAGCAUUCAAUGGGAACAGGCUGAACCUGGAGAAACAUGUGUUGAAGGAUCUGGCAGAGAAAGAAGACUUCAACAAGUUCAUGACCUACAUCAGAGAUCCAAGGGAGCAAGUAGAGGAAUUUAUAAGAAAAAAAGUGAAAAAAUACAUGUUCGAAGAAAACAAAAAUAAAGCUCCACAAAUCCUCCAGAAAAAUUCAGACGACAUCCAGAGAUUCAUCAGACAAACUUUAUUCGAAGCAACAGAGAAGAUUAAAACUGAAAAAGGAGACAUAAACAUGUGGGUGAAGGAGUUCUCCAUUUCACUGAGAUGUAAGCUGAAACUUACCAUGAAUACCAUUUCCUGUCAGAACUUCAGAGACAUAAACAAUCUGGACUUUUUAAGAGUUGAAAUAGAAAAAGGUCUUCAAAUCAUCUCUAAGGAGAUGAAGAGCUUGUCUCUGACUGAGGUGAUGAAUAACAGACAGAAACCUGAUGAAAUCCUCAUUGAUCAGCUGUGUAACUGCUGCUGGGAACGAUGUCCAUUCUGUGCAGCUGUUUGCAUCAACACCAUCAAAGACCACAGUCCAGACAAACACAGUGUUCCCUUUCAUCGACCCUCUGGAGUUAAUGGAUGGCACAAAAGAGCUUCAAUGGAGCUAAACAAUGAUUUCUGCACCACAUCCGUUGCAAGUGAUAAAAUUUUCUAUCCCAGUCCUGAAUCAGAGAAGAGCAUUCCAUAUAAACUGUAUCAAACUGCAGGAGGAAAAUAUGCGUCAUGGAGCAUUAUUGCAGAUGGAUCUAUGCUGCCAUACUGGAAAUGGUUUGUUUGUCGCUUUCAGAAGGAAAUAGAAGAUUAUUAUAAAGAGAAGUGUAAGGGCUGGGGAGAGAUUCUGCCUGAAUGGAGAAAGUACACUAAAGAAGAAGCUCUCAGAAGUCUGGAUGAGAUGUACAGUUUGUGAGAAAACUGCACACAUGCUGGAGCAUUGGAUAGGUUCAUUAGAAUAUUUUCAAGAAAGAAAUGUUCAUCUUAUACUUACAAUGAGCAUAAUGAGAUAAUACGGAUACACCCGAAGCAAUGAAACAGAACAACAGCUAUUUAUUCUCUUAGUAGUGUUUUAUUUAGGUAUACACCCAACACAAUUCAUGUCAAAUUCACAUGGAACACUUCUUCUUCACCGCGUGGCGACUUUACUGCUCGACAUCGGUCCAAAAAUGUGUUCAUAAGCUUGACACCUUAGCUGUGUGUGGGAGGAGCUACAAGCUAAUGAUUUUUACUUAUUGCUACAUGGAGAGGUGUCUGUUUGUUGCUCAUUGACAAUGCAGGGAAGACACAAGUGAUAUUGAGAGAUCGGAUUUAUUUAGUCUGAAAAGUUCUAUAAAAAAAAAAUGGUUAUCAAGUUUCCAUGUCUAGGUUCAUGUGAUCAUUCAGUCUCUUCUAGUAUGGUAAGUUUCAGUCCUGUUCUGGGAAAUGCAUCUGAAUGAUGGCCACUUCUGCAAUGUUUCGGUGUCUCUGGGACACAGUGUGGAGAUUCGCUGAGUCAGAGAGGGAAAAAAAUUAAGGGACCAUUUUAUUAUUGUGUCUUGAAAAUACAACAUAGAGUCAGAAGUAAAGUUAUCUUUAUUAGAAUUAAUUUUUAUGAAAUAUAAUUGUGUACUUUCUACUAUACUGACUCUUUUUUUAUUUUACAUAUCAGUGUCCUGCGAAUCUGUUGUCAAUAGAACAUGUGGUGAAAUAUUUUAUAUUUUAAGUUUUAGCUUUUAACAAAAAGUUAUUUUAAAUUUUAUGACAAAUGUUUCACUUGUCAUUACCUAAAAUGGUGCGGGAUUCACAAAAUGUUGGAAAUGAUAUGCGUUGAAAAGGACAUUUAAGCUUUGACAUAUUGUUAUAUUUUUCUGUUUUUGCUUUUUAUUAACAUGAUCACUAAUCUAAAUUUUAACAAUAAAAUCUGUCUAACACAAGAGACCUUCAAUUCUUUUCUGUAUGCUCAGCUGCUGGACCGGACAAGUUAAAAUAAAUAAAUAAAAUAAACAGCAUUUUAGUGAGGGACCACUGUUCACAAUAUCCUGCCAUCACUUAAAUAAAAUUUAGGCUACAUGUUUUGUAUACUUUGCUAUUCUACUGUUUAAUUUAGUGAUGUGACAUUCUGUAUUGAGGCUUCACAGCAUGUCAUGAGUAGAGGAGGGGAAGGGUGUCUCUGCAAUGUGCAUCGUGGCUUGCUUUAUUUAGGGGAGGAUCUGAAAGUGAAGAUAUCCGAAGCCUCGCUGUCUGAUUUAUGAAAUGGUUUUGACAGCAGCAAGAAUCCCUCAGACUUAAAACAAACUCAUUUUUUACAUACUGGGAAAGCUGGACUGACUACAUAAGUCAGAACAAUAUAUAGAGAUGUUAAACCUUGUGUAUACCUGUUGACUUAUUUGUUUUUUUUUUCUUUUUUGUUUCUUUUUAAUUCAUUAACUAGACACAAGGAGGGCACUAAGUGUAAAUAUGAACAAACAAUGUCAAUGUUAACUCUACUUGCUCUAACCUUUUGGUGUUGAGGUCUGCCCUUUUUUCUCUUUUUUUUUUUUUUCCUUUUCUUUGUGUGUGCGUUUUGUUUACAUUGUUAUUGUUCCAAAAUCCAAAUAAAAAUUAAAGUUUAAAAAAAA